AUGUCAUCACCUUCCCUUUGGCAAAUUUUGUUCAAGAGAGCCAAUUCCAAUCAUGUACUUCAUCAUAACAGCAUUGGAUUUUAUCGAAAAUUGAAACAAAAAUGUGAGGAUUGGAUACACAAUAAUAUUUGGAACCGAAUGUUGAAUUUAUCGUCAAUCUAUAAAACUCAAGUGAUGCUCGGAAAUGUUGAAUCUAUGGAGAAUGGAAAAUAUGAAAAUCAAGUGAUGAGAGAACGAUUGUUGUUUUAUCAAAAACAAAAAAGAAUGUUGCUGCGGACAGCAAAGGAGCAGUAUAAACAAGAAGUAUUGAUGGACGAGCUUGCCAGAAUUAAUUUUGAAAUCUUUAAUGAAAUUGAUAUGAAUCUUAGAUCUCGGAAAAAAACGUUGAGAGCGCGUGUAGAGUUUUGGAAACUGUUUUUCAAGUAUUUAUUUGCAAAGAAACAACAACCACUAUUAUUACAUGCAGAAUUAUCUGAGUAUGAUAAAUACAAGAUAGAGAAGUAA